UAGAAAAAAAGAGUGCAAGUUAAAUAAGAAUGCCUACAGUCAUAGCCUUAGAUGUUUCCCUGUCUAUGUGUCGGCCUGUACAGAUACCAGAUUGUACAGAAGAGUAUCAGAGGAGGAACUUAGCAAUUCAUGGAAUCAACACUUUAUUGGACCAUUUCUCAUCAAGCUGUCGAUUGGAAUUUGUUUCCAUGGUUUUAUUUUCAUAUCUGUGGGAGCAGCUUGUACCAUUUACAAGAGACUUUGAAUCUAUAAAGACAGCUCUAAGUAAAUCAGAGACCUACAACACAACAUGUAUAGAGGGCGCUAUAACUGGUAUACGACAGUUAUUGUAUGAUGAAUGGAACGCAAGUACAGCUAGCCAGGUAAUCAUUGUAACUGAUGGUUCUAUUGGUAUUGGACAGAAAUCACUGAAGAACUCCCUCCAAAACUGGGACCAGAGAGAUCCAAAAGUACCAGAGGAUCAGUUUCCACUUCCUUUUCCGUUUCCAUGCAAACUUCACAUUGCCAUUGUGGGAAAUCCCAAUGAUGCAGACAUUAAAAGUUCAAUGCCAUAUUUUGAAAAGUUGAUAGAAAUAAAUGGACAAGGUGGUGAAAUAUUUACACCAGACAAUGUUUUAAAUCUUAAAAGUGUUCAGACAAUGUUCGAAGAAUUAGGUGAAAAAUAUUAUUCGCCAUAUCAUGGUGCUUUGCAUUGUGGGAAUUUCAAAUGUCCAAUUCAGCUAUUUCCUGCUCCAGAACCAUAUGAUAAGACAGAUGAAUUUGAGCAUACUUCUGUAGAUAUAUCAAAGACAUUAGAAAUUUUAGGAUUUUUAGAUAUUGCUGAUGUAGCCAGUCCACCUAUGUUGUCCAGACAUCUGGUUUUACCAAUGUCCACUAAGAACAUCAAAAAGAUGGAAGAAUCAAAACAAGAGAAUGGAGAAGUAAAAAAAGAAAAUGAGACUGAGGAAGAACCUGCAUCCACUGAGGAUGGUAAAGUUCCAUCAUUUACUGUGCUGUUACAUGGUAGUUUGAAAGUAGAAGGAAUGGUGGCCUUGACACAAGUUGGGGAAAACUGGUUUGGUAUAUUGUACUCCUGGGCUGACAGCAAGAAGAAAAGUAACCUUAUGCUUUCAUUGUUUACCCCAGGCGAUGAACCUGUUAAUUGGAUAGGUAGUUUAGAUAACUUAGCCCCGAUAUCAGCUUUCACAGAGCCACCCUAUGGUGAAGAUGACAACAAGACACCAUUUCCUGUCCGACCUAACGACAAAAGAAGUUAUGCUCAGAGUUGUGUGGUAUGGAUCAAACAGUCAGGUUUACAGACUGAUUUACAGAAAGUAUUACGACAUGCUAGAAAAUUACCAGACAAACAGCAACAAUUUUACAAGGAACUUAACAGAUUAAGACGAGCAGCUCUGUCAUUUGGUUUCCAUGACCUCCUUGAUGCCAUGGGAACCAUGUUAGAUAGGGAGUGUCAAAUGUUGCCAGGCUCUGCCCAUCCUGAUGCCUCAAUGCAGCUAGCACAUGCAGCUAAUGCGUUAAGAAGUGACAAGGCAACAGACUUUACACAAUCUAUAAUGCCUCUACGUACAAACUUUAGUCAGGAUGAUGGAUAGAUUAUCAAUAAAUACUUUUUUGUA